GCUAGUAGUCUGUUGUUAUUUAUGUAUAUUAUUGUCAUUUUGUUUAUUGUCUGUGAAGAUGAUGGAGGAUUGCUUGUAGAAGUAGAUUCAAAAGGUGAAAACGACUUUUUAAAGUUGUCAGCAUGCGCGACAAAGUACUGGUUAGGUGGAACCGACGAACAAAAAGAAGGUGUUUGGAUAUGGUCACACAGUCAGAAUCUUAUAACCUUUACUGAUUGGAGAGAGGGAGAACCAAACAAUUAUAACGGCAAUGAACAUUGUCUUUCAUUGAAGGAAGCCUCUGGGUAUGCAUGGAAUGAUGGCCCAUGUCAAAAUUUGAUGCCAUUUAUCUGCGAAAAAGGCAAGUAA